CCUAACCCUAACACUCUCAACACUCACUAUUUUUUUAUCUAAUGGAAGAGGCAGCAACAAAAGUAGUUGCAACGCCAACCAAAACCACCGCAUUAAUGCAACUCAAAUUGCAAAAUUCUGAGAAUCAAAACCCUAAUCUUCCUUUGAAAUCGUCCAAAUCUCCGAAGCCAAAAGCAGCACCCGCUGUUGUUGUUCGAUCUCCUCAGAACCGAAUCAGACAGCGUAAGUUCCUCGUCGCGAAGAGAAACAACAACAGCAAAACGGUGUCGUCUUGCAAGUGCAGAGAAGAGAAAGGCGAUGAUGGCGCCAAAUGCCUCUGCGUUGCCUAUGAGAAUCUCAGGGCUUCUCAGGAAGAGUUCUUGAAAAAUCGCCAACAGGAAUUGAAGAAGGAUUGCGAAGAUGAAGAAGAAGAGCUUAUUGAAGCAAGCCUCAAAAUCCAGGACCUUCGAAUCCACGACAACGAGGAAGAGGUGGAGAAGAAUGAAAUCGACGAAUUGGAAUUGGAGGGAAGCUCUAAUGUGAAGAGAAGGAGGGACAAGUUGUUGGAAGAAGCGAGAAAUAGUGUCCCCGAAACAGGGUCCGGGAAAGUGAUGCAUUUGGUGAAGGCCUUCGAGAAGAUUCUAUCUAUGCCAAAAUCAAGGAAGAAGGAUCAGAAUGAGGAAGAGGAAAAAUUCGAAGAGGAGAACGAGAAGAGGGAACACGGAGAGGGUAAUAACGGUCAUACAAAUAGUUGCAAGAUUAAGAGCAAGGUGAUGAAAUGGGCAUUGCCUGGUUUGCAAUUUGAGCAACCUUCUUUCAAAGCACCUGAACUUGAGGUUACUGGUUCUUGUUCUGGUUCUGGUUCUUCCUUGAUUUGCGCUUCUGAUUUGAUUUUGACAUCGGAGAACCUUGGAUUGGACUCAAGGAUCUCGGUUUCUUCUUCCUGGGAUAGUAGCCAUGGAAGUGUGUCUAGUAGGACUUCAGCUACUGGGGGUAGAAGGAGUAGGAGAAAUAGCUUGGAUUCGAGUGGUGCUUAUGGAGGAAGGAGGUGGAAGAAGAAGCAGCCGCCAAAAGUCACUAACCAAAAACCAUUCAAGCUAAGAACAGAACAAAGGGGGGAAUUGAAAAAGGAAGAAUUUAUGAAGAAGGUGCAGGAGAUAAUGACAGAAGAACAGAAGAUGAGGAUUCCUAUAGCACAGGGCCUUCCAUGGACAACAGAUGAACCAGAGUGCUUGGUAAAACCUCCUGUUAAAGAGAGCACCAAGCCUAUUGAUCUUAAGCUUCACAGUGAUGUCCGAGCAGUGGAUCGAGCUGAAUUUGAUCAACAGGUAGCAGAAAAGAUGAGCUUGAUAGAACAACUCAAAUUGGAAAGAGAAAGACAGCAGAAGUUGGAAGAAGAAGAAGAAAUCAGAAGGUUGAGGAAGGAACUCAUUCCGAAAGCACAACCAAUGCCUUAUUUUGACAGACCCUUUAUACCAAGGAGGUCUACGAAGCAUCCAACAAUACCAAGAGAACCCAAGUUUCACAUACCACAACAUAAGAAGAUAAAGUGCUUGUCAUGGAAUGACUUGAAAAUUUAUUGAUGCGAAAUGAACAUAUCCAUUCAUUCUUUUUUCCUAUCUCCGAAGUCUGAACAAUAUCCAGUUUUGUAUGGGAAACAAGUCAACAACCAGUCAAUAUGUUGCAAAAUCAUUUUGUGCCUCCGUUAGUGCAAUGAUCUUUGUACUGUGAUUAAAAAGAGUGAGAUAGGGGUGUGCAAAUUGACUUGGACAAAUAGACAUAUUGUCAUAAAAAAA